UAUUUCAGUCCCCAGGAGCCUCCAAUCCGCCUGCCUGAUCAUUACAACUCUGUAACAAUUAGGCAAAAAUGGCUUCCUGUGGACUUAUCAGAAACAACUUCUUCUCAUCAUUGCUUCAUUCUCAUGACUCCACUCCAACCUCCACCUGGUUAUCUCUUCCUACCCAAAUCAGGCAAAAGUUUUCUGGGAUAUCGGCUGUUCAGCAAGACAAUUACGACACGAGCGAGAAGACGGAGAAGCUGGCGCCAAGGCAGAACGGACGGAUAGUAAGCAGUCUCAAUUUCAGCGGAGAGAAGCCGUCGACGCCUAUUUUGGACACCAUAAACCAUCCCAUCCACAUGAAAAAUCUCUCCGUAGAGGAACUAGAAAGGUUGGCUGAUGAACUAAGGGAAGAAAUAGUGCACACAGUGUCCAAAACAGGAGGGCAUUUGAGUUCAAGCCUAGGCGUGGCGGAGCUCACAGUAGCACUGCAUCAUGUCUUCAACUCUCCUGAGGAUAAAAUCAUAUGGGAUGUCGGGCACCAGGCGUAUCCGCACAAGAUAUUGACGGGGAGGAGGUCGAAAAUGCACACGAUUAGACAGACAUUUGGGCUUGCGGGCUUCCCCAAGAGGGAAGAAAGCGAGCAUGACGCCUUUGGAGCUGGUCAUAGUUCAACUAGUAUUUCAGCAGGUUUAGGAAUGGCUGUGGGGAGGGACCUGUUAGGGAAGAACAAUCAUGUAAUAUCAGUGAUCGGAGAUGGAGCGAUGACGGCGGGGCAGGCAUUUGAAGGAAUGAACAAUGCCGGCUUUCUUGAUUCCAAUCUCAUCAUCGUCUUGAACGACAACAGCCAAGUUUCCCUGCCCACCGCCACCGUCGACGGCCCUGCUCCGCCGGUAGGAGCUCUCAGCAAAGCCCUCACCAGAUUAACAGCAAGCACCGAGUUUCGCCAGCUUCGUGAAGCUGCAAAAGACAUGACGAAGCAAAUGGGAAACCAGGCCCAUGAAUUGGCUGCUAAGGUGGACACGUACGUGAGAUCAGGGAUUGUCGGGAGACCAAGAGCCUGUCUCUUUGAGGAACUCGGCAUCUACUACAUCGGACCUGUAGAUGGCCAUAGCAUCGAAGAUCUUGUUUACGUUUUCAAGAAAGUUAAGGAAAUGCCAGCGCCGGGGCCUGUCCUGUUUCACGUUGUGACGGAAAAGGGCAAAGGCUACCCUCCCGCUGAGGCCGCUGCCGACAAGAUGCAUGGCGUGGUGAAGUUCGAUCCAAGAACUGGACGACAAACGAAGUCCAAGUCGAAGACGCUUUCAUACACUCAGUACUUUGCCGAGUCUUUGAUAGCUGAAGCGGAGCAAGACGAUAAGAUCGUAGCCAUUCAUGCUGCUAUGGGCGGGGGCACGGGGCUUAACGCCUUCCAGAAACGCUUUCCUAGCCGAUGUUUCGACGUUGGGAUAGCCGAGCAGCAUGCCGUCACUUUUGCAGCUGGUCUAGCAACAGAAGGCCUCAAGCCCUUCUGUGCUAUUUACUCAUCCUUCCUGCAAAGAGGUUAUGAUCAGGUGGCUCAUGAUGUAGACCUUCAAAAGCUGCCCGUGAGAUUUAUCAUGGACCGGGCCGGAUUGGUCGGGGCCGACGGUCCGACCCAUUGUGGAGCCUUUGACACCACUUACAUGGCUUGUUUGCCUAACAUGGUUGUCAUGGCUCCAUCAGACGAGGCAGAGCUUAUGCACAUGAUCGCCACAGCUGCAAAGAUCAACGACCGGCCUAGUUGCCUCAGAUACCCUAGAGGAAACGGAGUUGGCGCGCUUCUUCCACCAAAUAACAAAGGAACUCCUUUAGAGAUUGGCAGGGGAAGGAUCUUAAGAGAGGGAAGUAGAGUAGCGAUUUUGGGGUUUGGAACAAUAGUGCAAAACUGUUUGGCAGCAGCAAAGCUUCUGGACGAGCACGGCGUAUCCGUGACGUGACGGUACGCUCGAUUCUGCAAGCCUCUCGACGGGCAUUUGAUCAAGCAGUUGGCGAAAGAGCACGAGGUUCUCAUCACUGUUGAAGAAGGAUCAAUUGGAGGAUUCAGUUCGCAUGUUUCUCAUUUCUUAUGCUUGAAUGGAUUACUCGAUGGAAAUCUUAAGUGGAGGGCGAUGGUGCUUCCAGACAGAUAUAUCGACCACGGUGCUCAAAGCGACCAGAUCGAGGAGGCAGGGCUUAGCCCCAACCAUAUUGCAGCCACUGUAUUGUCAGUAAUCGGGGAAGGAAAAGACAGCCUCCAUUUACUCAGUCUGUAGUUCAAAUUACGAUCAUUUAUGCAUAUAUAUAUAUAGUUUGAAAUCAAAGGCUGAGGUUAAGGGCAUUAUUGUUUACUCCAAAAAAUGUUAUGUCCAGUGGUAUAUGUCCUGUAAAUAAGGAGACAGCUUCCUCAAAUAUUAAUACAUCUUUUUUAUUCUUCAGCA